AUGGUAGCCAACCUGAACACUACCGUUAAACAACAAGCUAAAACUAUCGAGAAUCAAAAGAUCACAAUACAGAACCAAGCAAAUAAUAACGUAGCAGUUACUUACACAGUUUGGGGAAGAAAACAAUGUCCAAAUAAUAGUACAAAUCUGGUUUAUUCUGGCUUUGUUGGUGGAGGUCAUUAUACUCAAUCUGGGGUUGCAGUAGACUUUCUAUGCCUGCCAUCUGAUCCAAAUUUUCGAAAAACUACAUUUAGUGGUCAGUUUGCUGGAAUUUAUGGUGGCGAAUACGACAGUAGCUUUUUUGUGGCAAAUGGCGACGGCAAUGAUAUACCGUGUUCUGUAUGCAGAACAAAUGGAGCCUCUACUGUUCUCAUGAUACCGGGAAAAGAUACUUGUUAUGGUGGAUGGAACCUAGAAUAUUAUGGAUAUUUAGGUGCCCAUGAUUAUAAGUUUGCUGCAGCUACAACGUACAUUUGUAUGCAUAUAAAUCCCGAAUUUGUUACUGGAGGGAGUCGUAACGACAAUGGAAAACUUGUUCACCCAGUUGUUGGUAUUUGUGGUGGAGCACUUGAGUGUCCCCCUUAUCUUAGUAAUUAUCCACUGACAUGUGUUGUGUGUUCAAAAUAA